AACGUAAGAUGCAGAGACACUGAGAAGCAAAGACAUGGCAGGUGCAUUCUGGGGUGCUGUAGGCAUCAUCUGCCUCGCCGUGACAGCAGGUGCUUUUGAAGACAAUAUCAUCAACGGGAAUGAAACCAAGCCACACAGUCGACCCUACAUGGCCCAGCUGCAUAUAACAAGAGAGAAAGACACAGUGAUAUGUGGAGGGUUCCUCAUUCACCCAAGUUUUAUCCUGACGGCUGCCCACUGCAAAGGAAAGAGAAUCGUUGCCUACCUGGGGGUUCAUGAUAUCAAAAAAAUGGAGAACACCUGGCAGAUCAUACCGGUGCAGAGAAAGAUUAGUGGAUGCUACAAUCCUAACACUUUUGCAAAUGACAUUAUGCUUCUGAUGCUGGAACGCAGAGCCAUAAUAACAAACGCGGUGCAGCCCAUCAGGAUUCCACAGAGAGGUGUGGAGGUCAAUCCCAAUGCCCAAUGCUUUGUGACAGGAUGGGGAACCACCGUCACCAAUGGCUCACUGAGUAACGUGCUGAGAGAGGUGGAGGUGACAGUUCAGCGAUCGUGUUAUUCUCCUUCAAAAAUCUGUGCGAGAGGGAGUGGCAUCAAGGGAGCCUGUAAUGGAGACUCAGGUGGUCCGUUGGUCUGUUUAGUUAACUACGGCAUACCAGAAGCUGUGGGAAUUGUGUCUUAUGGCCCAAGGAAAUGUGAGAGUCCUGGAAAUAACGUCUAUACCAAAGUGUCUGCAUAUCGAGACUGGAUUGACUGGAACAUCAGGACCUGUUCUACAGCUUGAAGCUCCUGCAAUGAGUCCACUGUGCCUGCUGUAACUGCCCUCAUAAAGAGUCUGGGAUGCCAUUGCUUUUCUAAAUAUACCCACAUUUGUACCCACUUACCUGCUUAAAUAAAGCCUGCAUUUGAA